AUGCGUAUCGACUCUACCCUUUACCUAGCUAUGAGGAACAUAACCUCUCUCUGUCCCACCCCUCAAAUCGCUAUGAAGAUACCCAAGGAAGAGAUUCAUACUCUUACAAUUCCUACCAUUCCCAAAAUUCCUCGUCAAGCAUCUCCUCUCAGACCCAUUUUCACACCAUACGUCCCCAUUCGUAAACUCAGAGAAGAUAGAGAAGAUACAUGUUCUACUUCCACUUACACACCAUUCUUAUCUAACAACAAACGUUCUCAAGAAGAAGCUUUCAAUCCUGAUGACAACCCUACUUCUUCUAAAAGACUUAGAAUAGAAAUUACCCCUCGUCCAAAAUUUGUUCCUAUUACUCCCAUUUCGAAAAAAUGGACAAGGGAAAAUUCAAUUCGACUUCCUAUGACACCGACUUCAAUGAAGAAAACGAAAAAUGAUCCUAUUCCAAUAUGUGAUUCUCCUUCACCUUCACCUAUCUCCAUUAAAAGACCUUUAGAACCAUUACAAGACGUUCUUUUUGUUCCCAAUACACCUGCUCCUACUCCUGUCAAAACACCAUCGGAGCCAUUGGAAACAAUAGACGAUGUUCCUAUGGUUUUAAACACACCUGCACCUACCCCAGUCAAAACACCAUCGGAACCUAUAGAAGAUCUUCCCAUCAUCGUUUUGAACACACCUGCACCUACUCCUGUCAAACGUGCGAGAUCAAAUUCGACAGAUUCGGUGAUUUUUGUUUCUAGUAAAAGAGCGAGAAGGGAUUCAAUAGAAUCUAUAAUCAUGACAGGUGAAAAGAAAAAGAAAGAUAAUAAUUGGGCAACAGAAUUUACUUCUGGAAUGGAACAUUCUUAUCCUCAAAUACAAUCUUCUUCAACAAUGUUACAAGGUAUUGAAUCUUCUUCAGCGAUUUACGUUCCUGAUACAUGGGAAGAACCUUCGAAUUCAAUUCAUCAUCAUCAACAACAAGAAGAAGAAAAUCCUUCUUCUUUCUAUCCGAUUCAAAAUCUAAACGAAUCUUCUUCUUCUUCUUUCUAUAGACCUUUUCAUCAUGCUGAGUCUUCUUCUUCCAUUUAUAUGCCAAGUCGAAAUGGAGAAACUUCUUCUUCUUUGUUUUUACCAAGUCAUCGACCUGAUUCCCCUUCUGCUACUUUAAUGUCAAUAAUGGCUCAUCAAGCUUCCAGUGGAAUGGCGAUGGAACCAAUUACGGUUUUGGAUGAUGAUGAAUUUGAUAAACCACCGAUGGAAGUUCCUGUAGUGAGAAGGAGGAGACGUAGAGAGACUCCUAAACGAAGAUGGUGUUUGGAAGAAGAAAUCCGUUUCAUAGCAGCUAUCGACGUGAUCGUCCGACGUCAUAUUUGGAUGGAAGUGAAAGGUGAUGAUUUCAUGAGGUUAAGAGGGUCAAACGGUGUUAAAUCUCAUUGGAAUGCUUAUCACCGAAGACUAGUAGCUCAUACUCGUUAAUUCUAUUCCACCUCAGUACCUUUUCAUCUGCCCUUCUGAUACCCGAUGUUCACUGUAAUCAUACCCAAUGUACCAUCUCUCAAUUCAUCGUAAAUACUCCUCGACCUGUUCAAUACCGAUACCACAAGCUUUAAUUCCAAUACCGAGGUCGAUACCUAUACCUAUACCAACAAACAUUCUCUCUAUACCCAUAUUUCGACGUUGAUCAAUACCCAAGACUCGAUACCCAAUGUACGAUAAAUUCAAGAAAUCAAUGUGAAAAUCAAAGUGACUCUAUCCGACUGAAAAUAUCUGUACAUAAAACCCGACUGAUGAUCCGAUGACCCAAGUAGAAUAAAUGGAAUACCAUAAUGAUUCCCUUAUUUUCUGUCACCUGUGUUUGUGUGAUCUGUGUUUGUGUGAUCCCUUUGUGAAUCUGUGUAUCCUUGUGAUUUCUGUAUAUUUCCACUUCUCGUUCAUGUGUAAACCUGUGUAUUUUUGUGUAAUCAAGUCGAAAGAUAAAGCGUUGAUUGAACCUUAAUGACAUGUCAUCAAUUGUUCCAUGCUUC